GGGAUGGAGUGACGUCAGCGGCCGAAUGUCAACAAUGUAGCGCGAGAGAGGAGGCGUUCCAGUCGAGUGGAACAAACAGCGGAGACGGAGCGGCACGCCGCGUGGAUCGCCACGCACACAUUCACACACACACACACACACACACACAUACGCGCGCGCGCAGUCGUCGGCUACACACAGCGGCAACAACAGACCGGCGAGUUACACACACACACUCACACACACGGUGUUUGUGUGCAGCAGCGGGACAAGCAGCGAGCUAUGUGCAGCCGGAGGCUCGCAGGCACCAUGUGAAGAGCUGCUGGGACGGACAAAAGGCUGCGAGACGAGCACCGGAGACGGGACAAGGGCGUGAGCGGAAUGUCCGUGGAUGAGAAGCCUGAAGCCCCCAUGUAUGUGUAUGAGUCUACAGUUCAUUGUACCAAUAUCCUCCUCUGCCUCAACGACCAGCGGAAGCAGGAUAUCCUGUGCGAUGUGACUGUCCUGGUGGAGGGCAAGGAGUUCCGCGGGCACCGGUCCGUGCUGGCCGCCUGCAGCGAGUACUUCCUCCAGGCGCUGGUGGGCCAGGCGGAAAAUGGCUUAGUCGUUAGCCUUCCAGAAGAGGUCACUGCCAGGGGAUUCGCUCCAUUGUUGCAGUUUGCCUACACUGCUAAGCUGUUACUCAGCAGAGAAAACAUCCAGGAGGUCAUCCGCUGUGCCGAAUUCCUGCGCAUGCACAACCUCGAGGACUCAUGCUUUCGCUUCCUGGAAGCUCAGCUGCGCAGCGAGGAGGAUGGCUUGCUGCUCUGCCGCAAGGUGGCAGCGGAGGUGAACAACUCAGAGGAUGAGAGCAUGCAGUCAGAGGUGGAAAGGCCCACCUCCCCAAAGGCACGGCGCUGUGCUGACACCCUCACCUCCUUUGGACACCCUGACGAUGAUCGGCUAGCAAUAGCUAUUCCCAGUAAUUUCACAGAUGGCCGGCUGGACUUUGAUCGGCACGGAGCAUCAGACCUGCCACGAUGCCCCAAGUACAGGAAAUACCAGUGGGCUUGCAACAAGCACAAUGACAUCUCCUCACACACCAGUACCUCAGGUUUUCCAAGCACAUUAAAGCAGAACAGCGUUAGCGGGGCAGUGCCGGGUCAGGGCAGGCUGCCUUUGGCACAGAUCAAAGUUGAACCUCAGGCAGAGGAAGAGGCCAUCUCAUUGUGCCUGUCAGGGGAUGAGCAGAUCGUCAGGGAUAAGGACAGUGUGACAGCCAUGGAGAUGGAUAGCCCCAUAUCUAUGGAGAGAAUCAAGAGAACCAAGUCCCCUUCCUGCCUCCGAGCCUUCUUCAAGAAAGGGGUUGACCUCCCCAUUCUGCCCAACACAUCACAGCAGCUAUUCCCCAACAGACUUGUGUGCCCACAGGACAAAGGCAACUCUCAGGGAGAUCAUAAAAAUGACUUCUGGCCUUUAACUGGGGAGCUGGGUCUAUCUGUUACAUCCCCAAAGGAGGUGGAUGGUUUCCCUGCAGGGUUGUCCCUAAAAUCCGCUUCCUGCGAUGGGGUCUGCAAACAGGAAGUUGAGCUAGAUCGCCGUAGUGUCAUAUUUUCCUCAGGGGCCUGCAACCGUCUGGGAACUCCAGCACAUUCCUACCCUGGUGGGAACUCUUUGGAGAUGGAGCUCUCUGAUCACAUGCCAAAGGGCCUGUGGGCAGGAGCCAGCCAGUCCCUCCCCACCUCUCAGACCUAUUCUCCCAGCACCACCUCCACUGAGCCCCCACUUCUGUGCCGCCCACGACCCAACACCAGCUGCCCAGUGCCAAUCAAAGUGUGCCCACGCUCGCCGCCUUGUGAGACGCGCACCAGGACUUCCAGCUCCUGCUCUUCGUACUCCUAUGCGGAGGACGGCAGCGGAGGCUCCCCCUGCAGCCUGCCCCAGUUUGAGUUCUCUUCCUCUCCAUGCUCCAAUGUGGCGCGCUGCCUCAGUGUGGACCAGCAGGAGCAAAGUGUCGGUGGGGAGGCCCUUUUUAACCAGGUGCGGCCCAAGAUCAAAUGUGAGCAGUCCUAUGUCACCAACUCCAGCGACGAGUCGGGCUCCUUCUCAGAGGGAGACAGUGAGUCCUGCCAUGUGCAGGAGAGAGGGCCAGAGGUGAAGCUGCCUUUCCCUGUAGAUCAAAUCACGAAUCUUCCACGGAACGACUUCCAAAUGUUGGUGAAAAUGCACAAACUGACCUCGGAGCAGCUGGAGUUUAUCCAUGACGUGAGGCGGCGGAGUAAGAACCGCAUCGCAGCGCAGCGCUGCCGCAAGAGGAAGCUCGACUGCAUCAUGAACCUGGAGUGUGAGAUCAGAAAACUGGUGUGUGAGAAGGAGAAGCUGCUGACGGAGAGGAACCAGCUGAAGGCGUGUAUGGGUGAGCUGUGGGAGAACUUCUCCUGCCUGUCCCAGGAGGUCUGCCGGGACGUCCAACUGAGCCCUGAGCAGGUCCAGUCUCUCCACCACUACUGCCCCGUGCAGCGGCCCGCCAACUCCACUGCCAGCAUCACGGCUGGCCACGAGACCAGGCCCCCCCCCAGCCCCGCCACAAUUAACACCACCACCAGCAUCGACCUCACCGGCCACUCCGGAUCGGCCACGCCCGAGCCCAGCUUCCACGGCUCCCCCGGCCCCUCGGAGAGCGAGCCCGACUCGGCCGUCAGGAACGGGGCAGACAGAGAAAUGGACGGCCGAGACACCAGCUUGUACACAAAGUCAGGGCUGGAGAAAUCCAACCAGACGGUAACGGUGGACUUCUGCCAGGAAAUGACUGACAAAUGUACGACUGACGAGCAGCCGAGGAAGGACUGUACUCAGUAGUCUUGUUGUUUUAUUAUUAUUAUUUAAUGUUACUCUUCUGACAAACC